AUGUCAGACAAGCCAACAAUCAGACUCGCCACAGCGGAGGACGUCCCUCUAAUCCUGCAAUUCAUCCGCGAACUCGCCGAGUACGAAAAAGCCCUGCACGAGGUCGAAGCAACCGAGAAGUCGCUCCUCGCAACGCUCUCCUUUCCCGACGACGAGCCAAAGCGGGGCUCCGUGUACACAGCCCUGAUCACGCCGCCCGCAACGGCGCAGAACCCCUCGCCCUCCCCCGUCGGCAUGGCGCUCUUCUUCUACAACUACUCCACCUGGCGCGCGGCGCCGGGCAUCUACCUCGAGGAUCUAUAUGUGCAGCCCGCGGCCCGCGGGAACGGGUACGGGUUCAAGUUGCUGCGGUGGCUCGCGGCGAAGGUGAUUGAGGUCAGGGGGCGGCGGCUGGAGUGGAGUGUGCUUACGUGGAAUGAGCCGAGCAUUCAGUUUUACAAGCAGGUUGGUGCGAAGGCGAUGGAUGAGUGGUUGAAGAUGAUGGUUGAGGGGGAGGCGCUGGAUCGCUUAGCGGACGGUGCGUGA